AUGGAAGGGUCUCAAUCUAGAGACAAGCGCACUGCCGAAAAUACCGAGGCUUGGAUCCUCGGGAGUGGAACUGCAUCUUUAGCAACAGCGCUUUAUCUUAUCAAGCACCACAAGGUACAGCCACCCAGGAUCCACGUUCUGGAUAAGCAUGAGUCUGUGGAACAAGGGUCACAUUAUAAGGGCAAUGCUUCAGAAGGUUACGACCAAUUUGCAGGGUGCCUGCCCGUUCCCGGCGGCGUACAUAUGAAAGAGCUUCUUGCUAUGAUUCCCUCGACAAAAUCGGAGGGACGAUCCAUUCUGGACGAGAUCCAGAAGGCCGAGGCGGACCGUCUUUCUGCAAAGGAGGUUAAUCGCACCAGUUUUCUGGUCCAAAAGAAUGGCGUUAUGGAACAUAUACCUAUCGAUUCAUUGAACUUGAGCUUUAAGAACCGGAUUUCUUUGUUACGCUUUCUGCUCAGACGGGAGAAAUCUUUGGCGAAAAGUCAAAUUCAAGAUUUAUUUUCGAAUAGCUUCUUUGAAUCCGCCUUUUGGGCAGUUUGGUCAGCCCAGUUUGGUUUUCAGCCAUGGCACAGCGCAGCAGAGUUCAGACGUGCUGUUUGCCAGUAUCUUCCUGAGAUCCAUGGUUUGAGAAUCCUGGAUUGCCUUGAUAUUACAGGCUAUUAUCAAUUCGAGUUCUUAUACCGACCCAUAUAUAGUUUUCUUAAGAGUUGUGGUGUGGAUUUCCGGUUUCGGACCGAAGUCAAAAACAUCGAGGUCGCCCAGAACAGUAACCAGCGAACCAUUACUGGAUUGGACCUUAUCCAGGACCAACUCGGAUUGCAUACAAGUCUUGGAAAAAACGAUAUCGUUCUUGUCAAUUUGGGCUCCACUAUUUCAGGUUCAACAAUAGGUACGAAUGAUACGCCGCCAACGUGGCAUUCAAUCACUGCAGAUGAUAUGCUAGACCAAAAUUGGUCAGCAUGGCUGGACCUGGGCAACAAAAAUCGUGAUUUCGGUAGCCCUUACAAUUUCUGCACACGCCAAUCCGAAUCAAUCUUGGAAUCCUUUACAAUCACUACGGAGGAUGUUAAAUUUUUCGAUAAGCUUAAGGAGAUUUCACGAUGCACUUCCGAGGCCGGGGCGUUCAUCUUUUUAAAGGACAGUCGGUGGAGAAUGAGCCUAUGCAUUCCAUCCCAACCGGUAUUUACAGAGCAGCCGCGAAAUAUCCGCGUUCUUUGGGGCUUAGCGCACUUGCCAGAAUGCAAAGGAAAUUAUGUGGACAAACCAAUGCUUUGGUGUUCAGGCACGGAUAUCAUGGCUGAGCUGCUCAACCAUCUGGGCCUUAAUCACCAGGAGCCCAUGCAACGCACUAUUACCAUUCCACGCGCAAUGCCCCGGAUGAGUGCUAUAUUACUAACGAGAGCUCUAAAUGACCGACCUCAAGUUAUACCUCAGGCUUUCGCCAAUGUCGGCCUAGUCGGACAGUUUGUAGAGAUCCCACGACGUACCUGCGUUGACAUCAGUUACAGCAUUCGUGCAGCGAAAAUGGCUGUCUCUGGUCUAAUGGGCUCCCCCACAUUUAUCGAACCUUCAACAUCAAUGGUUUCCGCUGUCUGGAAAAUUAUGUUAGGUAAGUGA